GGUUAAUAUAUACAUUUUUGGAUAUAUAUAUAUAAAUAUAUAUAGAUCCGAGUCUUGAUAAUCCAGACUCUGAUAAUUGAUAGAUCUCUCUCAUACUUAUUUCUGUCACUCAAGAUGCGUUUCGCAAUAGUUUGUCUGAUGGCUGCUACAGCUGUCUCUGUGUCAGCUAGAUAUCCUAGUGGUCAUUCCAAAAGACCUCAGGACUAUGGUCUCUACUUUUCAAAUUCUCCAUCAAUUCAAAAUGUUCGUGUUUUGUCAGGGGAGGGAGAUAACAACGCUCAUAAUAGGGCCAUAGCAGAAGAUACCCAAAUUAAUAAAGUUAUUAAUGAAGAUGGUCCAGGAAAUAGAGGCCCUUCCGGAUUAUACUAUGGGGAUUCCGUUGUACCUCAGCGUGUCGAGGCCGAUGCAGGACGCGGCAAGAACAACCAUGACAAUUUGGCCUCAGCAACUGGCAACCAAGACAACUCGAUCGUCAACAAAAAUCGGCCGGAAAAUCCCUCUGGUAUGGACGUGCCAAAUUCUCCUGCAUAUCAAGAAUCCAUCGCAAGGGUAGCAAACGGAGACAAUACGGCCUUAUCUACUGCUAACCAGGAUAAUUCAUUAAGAAACAAAUAUAAAUCUUAUAUCAACACUCCUAAUACUCCUCUCUAUCAGAGGGCCGUUGCAGAGGCAGAAGGAACAGACAACGAUCCUCGAGAACGCUUGGCCGUAGCGAAAGCUAAUCAAGAUAAUUCAGUGUACAACGGUCCUGACCAAAAUAUUCAGGUUCAAAAUGGCACAGCUAUUGCAACAGGACAUGGAAACUUUAAAAGUAAGGCCACUGUAAAUAAUAAACAAAAUUAUUAACUUGACAACCUAAAUUUUCACUAACGACCUAGCAGACCUGAUUUACCGUAAAUUUACGGUAAUUUUACCGUAAAUCUACCGUAGAAUACCGUAAAAUUCGAGUAGAUUUACCGGAGAUUACGGUAAACCCACCGUAAAUUACGGUAAAUCCACCGUAAUUUACGGUAAAUCGGUACUUUACGGUGGAUUACCGUAAAUUUCCCGUCGAAUACGAUAAAUCUACCGUAAAAAAUUCGGGUGGAUUACCGAAUUACCGUAAUUUACGGUGGAUUACCGUAAUUUACGGUGGGUUUACCGUAAUUUACCGUAAUUUGGGUCCGUUAGGGCGAUAUUUUUGACGGUGGCAUAAGUGUGUUUUUUUUCUCGGUUACUCAAAUGAUAAUACUUGAAAAAAUUUCAAAUUUUUGCUCCUUCAGUGUACUUAGUUAACUUAUAUAUAUUCAAUUUCGAAAAUAUCUGAUCACCUGAAUUCCAUAUCUGAUUUUUUUUUAAAUCUGUAAUGAUGUUUCAAAAAAUGUCACAAUAAUUGUAUGCGUGCUAAUUGAACUAAAAUAAAUACUUAUUAUCUGUUAAAC